AUGUUUCCCCAUUUUGCGCCCAUCCCCUUUCAAAACGAUUCAUCCAGCAUCUUAUAGCGCUUUUUUUUUUCACUUUCUGCUUUUUUUCCACCCGAGCAUAUUACUAGGAAAAGUAAGAUUUGAACUGUGCAUUAAUUGAAGUCUGAGAGUGUGUAGAUGUCAUUAGAAUUGACAUCAGUUUCUCUGUGUCAUAUUUGGACUAGGUGAACCAGCAUUCAGGACCCAAUUAAUGCCCGUGUUUUAUUGUUGUGUGUGUAUUUAUUUAUUCUUUGGCCAACACUUUUGUUCCUUGGUUUUAUAGUGAUUCUCAAGCAAUGUUGAAAGGUGCUCAGGACCAAGACGAAUAGAUCAAUGCCUUUGGACUAAAUGGAGUUAGCAAUAAGAAAUAUCCCAUCGGGAAAACCUUCUUGACAUACAGAGUUUCAAAGAAAGGGGAAUUAAUUGUGUUUCCUACUUUGUGCUAUAAAUCUAAGAAGCUUCAUUGGCUUUAUUAGAUCUUUAUGUAGAGAGGUUACAACUGAAUCACAUGUAAGCAAAGAGUUCAAAGUUUAAAGUUCACCGCUGUCAUUCACCAUUAAAAGACAUGUCUGUCACGGCUAUGACUUUUGACACAAGUCGGUCUUCCAAGAGGACACAACUGGACCAAAAUGUCCCGAGUGACCACAAGUCCCUGUGCAGGUGCAAGUCGGUCAGCCUAGCAGUGGUCCUCCUUCUAGUGCUUCUAGUUUCAGGUCACGUGUCACGGGUCGAGUCGCAGGAGCUGCUGGAUCCCGACCUCCACGGGGCUUCCUUGGCCUUUGUGUUCGACAUCACGGGAUCUAUGUACGACGACCUCGUCCAGGUCAUCAAGGGCGCCGGGGAGAUUCUUCACGACGCCCUGUCCAGGAGGGAGAAGCCUCUGCAUAACUACGUGCUAGUACCAUUCCACGAUCCAGUCAUUGGUCCAGUUCUAGUAACUAGUGAUCCAGAAAAAUUCCAAGAGGAGCUUAGAAAUUUAUAUGUACAAGGAGGAGGUGACUGUCCAGAAAUGAGUAUAGGUGCAAUCAAAAGGGCGCUGGAAGAAUCUCUCCCUUAUUCUUUUAUUUAUGUUUUUACUGAUGCUAGAAGUAAGGACUAUUAUCUCACUGAAGAAGUGUUAGCGCUCAUACAGCAAAAGCAGUCACAGGUUGUAUUUGUUUUAACUGGGGAUUGUGGCAAUGUCACUCACAGUGGUUAUAGGGCUUACGAAGAAAUCGCCGCAACAAGUUCUGGCCAGGUGUUUUUGCUUCAGAAAUCCCAAGUGAAUCAAGUUCUCAACUUCGUAAGGGUGGCCGUUCAGGCCAGAAAAGUCAAUUUACUUUCUGUGAAUGAGGAUGAAGGUAAAAAUCAAGUCUUCAACCUCCCCCUGGAUACACUGCUCAAAGAGGUGACUGUUUCUGUCAGUGGAGAGAACCCGGAAAUUAUUCUCAAAGAUCCUGAAGGAAAGACUAAAGUACUGGGUAAUAAAUUCACGGAAUUACUGAAUCUAAGCAAUGUCCGCAUAGUAAACAUCAAAGAACCGACACCUGGCAACUGGAGACUACGGGUUAGCAGCAGUGGUACACACAGCAUUAGAGUUACUGGCCUUAGCAGUGCAGAUUUUGUAGCAGGAUUUUCAAAGUAUCCUACUCGAGAUUUUUCAAAAACAAAUCUUCGUCCAAUUCAAGGAAUAGCUACGAAUAUAUUAGUCAACUCAACUGGACUUGAAGAGCCAUCAAUUUUGAAUGAGCUAGAGCUAGUGGAUCUGAAAGGGAAAACAUUGGUUAAAUUUCCCCUGACUCAAGAUCCAGACAUUCAAACCUUGUAUAAUGUCAGCUCAUUUGUUCCACCUGAUAAAUAUUUCUAUAUCAAGGUAACAGGCACUGAUGACGCUGGAUAUGUUUUACAAAGAACAACACCAACUGCCAUCAGUCCUCUUAAGGCCAAGUCUCCCAAAGUGGUUAUGCAAGCGACCACACAUGCCUUCUAUGACUCUACUGUUACACUGGUGUGUCAAGUGCACAGCUAUGUGCCUUACAGAGUUCAAUGGUCGUAUAAUGGGAAGCAGCAAGGCUAUGAUUUAUUCUAUGAAGAUCCAACCAAUGUUACACUGGAGAUACCCAAUGCCAGUAGUCUGGUUGAAGGAGAAUACCAUUGUAAUGUCAGUAAUUCAGCAGGUUACCACUCAGCCUCAACAUACUUAGAUGUCAGUGAUCCACCACCAGCCAUUGUAACACCAGAGAAUGUCACAGUGAUGCCAGGAGAGAUUGCAAUCUUGUCAUGUAUUGUCAUCAGCACUGUGCCCUACAACCUGACCUGGAGACAUGGCUCUCAUUUUGGACAGCUAUCAUUAGAUCCUAGGAUACGGAUAUAUAAUAAUGAUUCAAUGAUUAUUUAUAAUGUAGAUCGACAUGAUGAAGGAACAUACAGCUGUACUGCACAGAAUGAAGGGGGAUCUUCAACAGAAACAUUAGUUGUUCGAUUAAAAGUCAAACCUGUGGCUCAGAUAUUCCCAAGAGAACAAACUUUUGUUGCUGGCUCUUCCAAAAACUUUACCUGCAUAGCUGGAGGCUAUCCUGAACCAACGUUUCUCUGGCAGCAAGAUAAUGAAAUAAUGCCCUCUGGUGGCCGAGUCCAUAUUGAAGGCGGCUACUUGGUGUUGAAAAACUUAAAGCCAUCUGAUGAGGGAGAAUAUGAGUGUGUUGCUUCUAACUCAGCUGGGUCCCAUUCUGUCAAAACGAGGCUGAUUUAUAUUGAGGCUCCUCAUGUAAGAGAAAUUGAUAAAAAACUUCUGGUCGCUGUUGGUGAUGAUGCCAGAUUAAGCUGUGUAGCUGAUGGUAUACCACCACCUAAUACCACUUGGUACAGAUCUGAUAUAAUGCUUCAACCUGCCUACAAUGUUGAGGUGACAAGAAGUGGUCAGCUAGUAAUUGCAGAUGUUGUGGACUCUGAUGCAGGGACAUACCGCUGUGUAGUACAGAAUGAGGCUGGUUCAGAUUCUGCAGAACUGACACUUGAAGUUGGCUCCCCUCCAGAAAUAACACUACCCCCAGAGAACACUGGUAUAGACAUCGAGAGCAAUGGCUCCUUAUUAUGUCAGGCCAUUGGUAGGCCAACUCCUAAAUUAAGCUGGAGAAGGAAAGAUGGCCGACCUAUUGACUUUAAUGGAAGAUUUAAACAAACUCAACCUGGACUGCUGGAGAUCACAAAUAUCCAACAGGGUGAUGAAGGUUACUACACCUGUGUGGCUCAGAAUCCCUUUGAUACAGCUGAAUUUGAUGCUUAUGUCUCUGUCACAGGAAUAGUGCGCCCUCUGAUAGCGUAUACAUCUCCAUUUGUCAAAGCUAUCAUUGGAGAAAAUGCAGAGUUAGAAUGUAUUGUAAUGCUAGGUAAACCUAAACCUAAACUCAACUGGCUACGUAAUGGACAGUUGUUGAGAGAAUCUGACCGAGUUAGACUGAGAGAACCUGGACGUAUAAUUAUCACAAAUGUCCAAGAGGAUGACAAAGGAGAUUACUUAUGUAUGGCUAGUAACAUUGGUGGAAAUGAAACAUACAAUGUCAAUUUAGAUGUUUUAGUGCCACCCAGACUGCUAGAGGAUGAGGAGAACCUUCAGACUAACUUCUCUGUGACUCAAGGCAAAACUAUUGUUCUUCCAUGUAACGUGGAUGCACACCCACCUGCAUCUUUCUCCUGGUUCAAGGGGGGCAGUCCAAUUUCAUUUGCAGACAUCAGGUAUUACAUAAGGAAUGAUGGGGCCCUGGAGAUCUUCAGUGUUGAUUCCCAGGACACAGCCCAAUACAAGUGUGUAGCCUCUAAUGUGGCUGGGGAGAUGGAGAAAAAUAUCAAUCUCUUUGUUGAAGUUCCUCCUCAGAUAGCUGGUGAUUUAGAAGAGGCUUUUGAAAUCAAUCAAGGCGAGUCUAUUCUCCUGCCAUGUCAGGUGACUGGAAUACCCAAACCUGUUGUCACAUGGAAACAAAACUUGCUGCCCUUGAACCCUGAUGGUGUGAGAGUUCAGAUCCAGAGCAAUGGUUUGUACAUAAGCAGUGCAGAGACCUCUGACAAAGCUAUGUAUGAGUGUUGGGCAUCCAAUGUGGCAGGGGAUGCCUACAAAGCUAUCACUCUUCAGGUGUUUACUUUGCCAACCAUAGAGCCUGGGCCCACUGAGGUAACAGUACUGUAUGGUCAGCCAGCUGUGUUAGAGUGUGAGUCUGAUGGCACCCCUCGACCAUUGGUUCUCUGGAAGAAAGAAGGAGUCAUUCUGGAUGCUAAAGAUGAUGACAAAGGGUACAGCUUGUCUCCCAAAGGAUCUCUGACCAUCAACUCUGUAGAUCUAAGUGAUGGGGGCUCCUACACGUGUAGUGCCACAAAUCCUGCUGGCUUUGCUUCCAGAGAUGUCUCCUUAAUAGUGCAUGGAGCUCCAGAGAUUCCUGGAAUUUAUUCUGAUUAUAAUGAAGUGGUUGAAAGAAAUCCAAUUAUACUGCCCUGUCCAGCUGUGGGCACUCCAAAGCCAGUAAUUGCCUGGUUCAAAGACAAUGCCCCGCUCAGUUUCGAUGGUUCUAACAUGGUGCUACUAGAUGAUGGUUCACUAGAGAUUGACAAUAGCAGAGCAUUGGAUUCCGGCAAUUAUGAAUGUAUAGCUGAAAAUGUUGCUGGAGUGGCCAACAGAAACUUUGUGCUGAAAGUAUUAGUUCCACCUAAGCUAACUGGAGGUACCCAAGGAGGAGGCCCAGACAAGCCAAAAGUCAUACUGGACAAAAACAUCACAUUGAAUUGCCCAGUGUCUGAAGAUACUGACCCACCACCUGAAUUCAAGUGGUACAAGAACAAUGUGGAGAUUGUACCAGAUGGCAGGAUAUUCCUGACCAAUGCUGGGAGAUCCCUGACUAUAGCCAGGUCCAUUGUGGAAGAUGAAGCCAGGUACAGGUGUGUGGCUAAAAAUGUUGCUGGAGAAGUGGACAAAUAUUUUGAGUUAGAUGUCCAAGUACCUCCAACUGUAGAUGAGUCAAGUCUGUCUCCUUUCAAUCAGAGUGUAAUAUCUGGACGUACAUUGUACAUUAAUUGUCCAAUCCAAGGAAAGCCGCCACCACAAGUGAGAUGGUUGAAAGAUGGUGAACCUUUGGUAACCGGACUAGAUGUCAAUGUUAGACUUCAAGCUGAAGGAAGAAGACUGGAAUUGCUCAAUGCCCAAAUAACAGACAGAGGAAGAUAUGUCUGUAUUGGAGAAAAUAUUGCUGGCCAGACUUCUAGGGACUUUUCUGUCAAUGUUUUUGUACCACCAACAGUUGAUCAGAGAGAAAUCCCAGAAAAAUCAGAAGUAAUACAAGGACAAACUGUACGCAUGACUUGUCCAGCUUCUGGCAUCCCACUUCCCACAAUCACCUGGUUCAGAGAAAAUGUGCACAUUAAAGCCAAUACUAGCAAGGUCUCUUUAUUGGACUUUGGCUGGACUAUAGAAAUUCGAGACACAAAUGUAACUGAUGCUACAAGAUAUUACUGCCGGGCUGAGAAUGUUGCUGGACAGACAGAGAAAGUUUUUGAUCUGGAUGUUUUCUUGUUUCCAAUCAUCAACAAAGAAAACAUAGAGUUUAAGCCUGAAGUAGUUGUCAACAACACAGCAGUAUUUAACUGUUAUGUCUCUGGAAACCCUCUCCCUGAGAUACUCUGGUAUAGGAAUGGUGUUCUAAUAGAUGCCACUAACAACCCCCGUUAUGAAAUCCUGGCUGGUGGGAGACAACUCAGAAUCUACUCAGUACAAGUCAAAGACAAAGCCAAGUACACUUGUGCUGCCAACAACAGAGCAGGCAAAGAUGAACUGGAUUAUGAUUUGUCUGUUUUAGUGACACCAAGGAUAGAGAGGCAAGGGAUCAAUGUCCAACCUAAAGUUAUAGCCAACAGUACUGUGUCCCUCUCAUGUCCUGCCACUGGGGUCCCUCCACCCAAGAUUGUUUGGCAGAAGGAUGGUCAAGUCAUUGAAUCUCAGCCUGGGGUUGUUGAGGUCAGAGGCAAUGGCACUGAGCUGGUGUUGGUCCAAGCUCAGGUAUCUGACAGUGGCAGGUAUAGAUGUCUAGCAUCCAACCAGGCAGGGGAUGACAGUAUCAACUUCCAGUUGAGUGUACACAUUCCACCCAGCAUUCCAUUUGAGGGUCUACUAGUGGACACUAAUGUCAUAGAAAAUGACACUACCAUCUUGGAGUGCCCAGCUUCUGGUUUUCCGGAGCCUUCCAUUCUGUGGUACUUUAAUGGGGCUCCACUGGAUCCUCAGCUCCAGCCAGGACUGCAGAUUAGCGAAUCUGGCAAGAGGCUCGUCAUCCAGCAGACCAAAGUUUCAGACUCUGGUGUCUACAUGUGUGUGGCUUCCAAUGAGGCUGGAGAGGCUGAGCAGAAUUACAAUGUUGAUGUUUGGGUUCCUCCAGUAAUUGACCGCUCUGCCAUUGAGUCCAUGCCACGUGUUAUUCUGGGUCACACCAUCAGCAUUAACUGCCCAGUGUCCGGCAUACCUUUCCCUACGAUCUCCUGGCUGAAAGAUGGCAAGGAACUGGUCAAGGGCACUAAAGUUCAGAUUCUCAGCAAUGGACUGCUGUUACGUAUCAGUGACGCCCAAGAGGAGGAUGCUGGGACUUAUUCCUGUGUGGCAGAAAACACUGCAGGGAAAGACAAGGUUAACAUGGAGCUAGCUAUUUUAGUUCCUCCCACAAUUGAUGAAUCUAAUGUUGUGUAUGACCGUAAGGUAAAUAUGGAUAGAAAAGUACAGCUGGAAUGUCCAGUGCAUGGAACCCCAACACCUUCAGUAGAGUGGCUUAUCAAUGGACAGCCAGCUGAAAACUUUAAUUAUGUUGUCCUUCUAAAUAACAAAAGGAUUUUAGAGAUUGAUAAAGUCAACUUGAGAGAUACAGCCCAGUAUGUGUGUGUGGCAACUAAUGAAGCUGGACAGCUGGAGAGAAUCUUUAACUUGGAAGUAUUGAUUGCACCAGUUAUAGAAAAACAGUCAGUUUCUUCCAACCUGGUCGUAGUCCAGAAUGAAACAGUUAAAAUAAAUUGUCCCGCUAAAGGAAUACCAGAGCCAGACAUCAUGUGGUCUAAAGAACGGCAACCAUUCUUAGAGUUUCCUUAUGUGGAUCUACGUCUCCUAAACGAUGAUCAAACUCUAGAAAUCAGUAAUGCUCAGCUGAAUGAUGCUGGUAACUAUAGCUGUAGAGCUAGUAACCCAGCUGGUGUGGAUGAAAUGACAUUUACACUCCAAGUACAUGUUCCUCCAUCUAUUGGUAAACCAACUCCUGACAAACUUCAUGUUGUUGAGGGCCAGUCUAUCUCAAUGAGAUGUUCUGUGACUGGACUACCAGAGCCGUCUAUACUGUGGCUGAAAGAUGGAGCAGUCAUUCUAGAGGAGAAAAAUGGACACAAGCAGAUACUUGACAAUGAUACCACACUGCAAAUAGUUGAUGCCCAUCCUGUAGACAGAGCCAGGUACACGUGUCAUGCUGAGAACCAGGCUGGGUUUGCUGAGAAAUAUUUUGACUUGGAAGUUUAUGAGCCAGCUAAGAUCAAUGGAUCAGGAAAGAGAGUAGAUGUGCCAGUCAUUGUGAAUCAGGAAGUUAUACUCAACUGUCCUGCUGAGGGUGUACCAACACCUACAGUUACCUGGUUCAGAAAAAAUACUCCCAUACCUCCAUACGGCAUGCCUAACAUUCGUAUACAGGACAUGAGCAGACAACUGGUCAUUAUCUCAGCUCAACUUUUAGACUUUGGUGACUACUCUUGUCUGGCCAAGAAUGAUGCCGGAGAGGACAGACUACAUUUUGUUGUCUCUAUCAUGGUUCCUCCUGAUAUUGAGGAAGGUCCUACAGAGGUGGCGGGGAAAUUCAAUGAUCCGAUAUUGCUUCACUGUGAAACCAGUGGCCAGCCAACUCCAGUGGUCACUUGGACAAAGAAUGGUCAGGCAUUCCCAUCAACUAGCUUGAGACACAGGAUACUGCCCACUGGUUCCCUGGAGUUCAUGCUGGUGAGACUUGAGGACAAUGGUGUUUACCAAUGUACAGCUACUAAUGCUGCAGGCAGUGCCACAAGAAGUAUUCAGUUACAAGUGCAGAUUCCUGCCAAGAUAUUAAGCCGCACCAAUCUAAACAUUCGAGCAUCAGAACGUGAGACAGUCAUUCUAACUUGUGAAGUGGAAGGUUUCCCAGCACCUACUACCUAUUGGCUUAAGAACAGAAAACAGCUUGAUUCUGAUGUCCGCAUGUCUACACUGUCUAAUGGCUCCCUAUACAUAGCUUCGUUAGAUAGGAAAGAUGCAGGUGUCUACACUUGCAUUACUAUGAACAGUGCUGGCACUGACAGUAAAGAUAUAAGACUCAGAGUUUUAGAGCCACCAGAGAUCUAUGCAUCUCAGACAGAAUUCACAGUGCUUCAGAACAGAACAGUUACUCUCCCAUGCCAAGCUAAUGGACGACCAAGGCCUAAGAUUUUCUGGGAGAAAGAUGGCAAGGAAAUCCAGACAUCUACCAAUCAAAGACAGAGCCAAGGGAGGCUACUGCAUUACAUCACAAUGCCUACUGGUGGUCUAGUCAUUACACAUACCAGAUCUGAAGAUGCUGGUGUGUAUAAAUGUGUUGCUGAAAACAAUGCUGGGCAAUCCUUCAAGAUGUUCAGGGUAACUGUUCAAGUGCCUCCAACUAUUGAAGCUGCCACUCGUCAGUACAUUGUUUCUGUUGGAGAAAGGGUGACUUUACCUUGUAAGGCCAGUGGCUCUCCUGUUCCCACAAUUUUAUGGACCAAAGAUAGGCGCAGGAUUGACCCCCGCAUAGCAAGAAUAAGGGUAGAGCCCAGUGGCAGCUUGACAAUUGAAAGCAUUACUGGAGAUGAUACUGGUGAAUACACAUGCACAGCAGAGAGUGAUGUUGGUACUGACUCACAGAGUAGACUGUUAAGAGUUAAAGUUCCGCCUGUGUUUGUGACCACUCCUAAAGACCGAGAGAUGACAAUUAACAGUAACUUCCAGUUGAAGUGCGCAGCUAAGGGUGUCCCUACUCCAGUCAUCACUUGGCAGCUCAAUGGGAGACCAAUUUCAGCCCCUGCCAGUAUCAAUGGUGUCAGCACAAUAACAGUCAGAAAUGUGGUGAAGGAAGACGCUGGAGAGUACACUUGUAUUGCCACCAACCCAGCUGAUAACCAACAAGUCACAGCCAGUGCUCGAAUCAUUGUUAAAGUUCCGCCUAGAGUGAUUGUGCCACCAUCUGAUUGGGCUGUGAAGAUAGCUGAAAAAGUUGUGCUGGACUGUUCUGUUGGUGGUGACCCACCUCCUGAGAUACUGUGGACCAAAAAUAGUCGACCUGUAGAUCUUGGAGACAGGAUACAGAAGUUGGGAAAUGGAUCUCUUAUAAUUUAUGAUGCUACAGCAUCAGAUGCAGGAAACUAUAAGUGUAUAGCAGUCAAUGAUGCUGGCACAUCAGAGGCCCAAUCCAUUGUUACAAUCAAGUCUGAACCAAAGUUUAGAGUUGAGCCCAGUACCGCCCUAGUGGAGAUUGGUGAUACUGUCAGCUUUGACUGUACUGCUGAGGGUGUGCCAAGACCAACAAUGUACUGGUGGAAGGAAACACAGGAAAUAGUUUCUGGUGGGAGGAUCACAGUCAUGGCCAAUAACACUUUGAGAAUCAUAGCCACACAACAGACAGAUGCUGGUAUCUACAGAUGCUUUGCUAGCAAUCCAUUGGGUAAAACAUUUGUGGAAACAUUCCUUAAUGUGGUAGUACAUGGUGAGUACUCCCCCUGGACUGAAUGGGGAGCUUGCAGCACAAGCUGUGGAAAGGGGAGUAAAACUAGGAGAAGGACUUGUGACAAUCCUCGACCAGAAAAUGGUGGCAGAGAUUGUAUUGGUCCCAGUGUAGAGAACACCAAUUGUGUCAUAGAAUUGUGUCCUGUCCAUGGCAACUGGGCACCUUGGAGUGUGUGGGGAGAAUGUACUUUAACUUGUGGAGGUGGACAAAGAAAGAGAGUCAGAACAUGUAGCAACCCAGCACCCAGUGGGAGUGGUCAGCCUUGUGCAGGAAGUGGAGAAGAGAUGGAGUAUUGUAACACACAGGGAUGUCCAGUUGAUGGCAAGUUCUCUGAGUGGUCAGAUUGGUCAGCCUGUUCCAGCACAUGUGGACUUGGCGAGAAGAAAAGAACUAGAGAGUGUAUCCAGCCAUCAUUUGGUGGACGAAGGUGCUGGGGAGACACGUCACAGAUAAUGGACUGUAAUCUAGGAUCUUGUUUUGUUCUGCCUCGUAAAGCAUAUGGCAAUUUGAUAGGAUACAUCAACAAUGUGGACAUAGCUGAUGCUAUUAUCUCAGCUAAUAUAAUUCCAUCAGAGAAUGGUAUGACCAGAGUAGAAGCUACUGUUGGAAAUAUUCCACCAUUGGCAGCCAAGUAUCUUCAACAUUUGGUCUCCCUGUUGACUCCUGUCUAUUGGUCGACUGCACAAGAGAUUGAUGGAGCUAUGAAUGGUUACACCUUGACUAAAGGAAACUUCACAAGGGAGGUCCAGGUGGAGUUUGCCACAGGUGAAGUCUUGAAAAUGUCUCACUACAUCAGUGGCACUGACUCCAAGGGAAAUCUUCAGUUUGAUGUGAUCAUUAGAGGAGAGGUGCCAGAACUGGGUCCAUUUAAAAACAUCCACCUCAGACCAUUCCAGGAGGAAUACAUUCAGACAGGUCCAGGUACAAUUUAUGCUCACUCCUCACGAUCCUUCAGUGGAGAUGGUGUCAUUCUCCCGUAUGCCUGGAACCACACCAUCAACUAUGAGAGCACUCUGGGUCAGAUGCCAUACUUGGUCCAGCAGCUGACUACUAAAGGACUACAAGUGGAGAUAGUGCCUGGGGAUGAUGCUAUCUCUUAUGUUAUAGAGGCUUCCAUUGGACCAGGUAAGCCAAGCAAUAGAUGUCCUACAGGCUUUCAACUGGAGUCAAGACAAUCUUACUGUAAAGAUGAUGAUGAGUGUGCACAGUCCAAUCCUUGCAGUCAUAUUUGUUUGAAUGGGCCAGGCAGUUUCACAUGCUCUUGUCCAAUUGGAUUUUUACUGUCACAAGAUUCUAGAACUUGUCAAGAUAUCAAUGAGUGCAGUCUAAGUCAGACAGACUGUGGGCCUGAUAUGGACUGUCUCAACACUCCUGGGUCAUUCCGCUGUGUCAAUGCAUGUCCUAAAGGAUUUAAAAGAGAUGAGAAAGGGGAUCUUUGUGUUGAUCGUAAUGAGUGUAUUGAAAACCCAAGUAUAUGUGAACAAAGCUGUCAGAACCUUGUUGGAAGCUACAGGUGUACCUGUCUGCCUGGAUAUAGACUUGGAGAUAAUGGAAAAUGUGUUGACCUAGAUGAGUGUGACAUGAUCACAUCUCCCUGUUCACAUACAUGUGUGAACACAAAGGGCAGUUUUAUGUGUUCCUGUCCUUCUGGCUAUCAACUUUUGAAUGGUCGAGUCUGUAGAGACAUAAAUGAGUGUUAUGAAGGGGGAAGUAACUGUCGAUCUGGUGAGGAGUGUAUCAACAAAGAAGGAAGCUUCACUUGUCUAAAGACAUGUCCUACAGGCUACAAGAGGACAGAGUCAGGUCAAUGUCAAGAUAUUGAUGAAUGUGGGGAGAGACAACAUAAAUGUUACUACAACCAACUCUGUGUCAAUACUGAUGGUGCCUACCGCUGUGACUGUCCUGCAGGGUUCACUUCUCGAGGGCCAGGCCAACCAUGCAUAGAUAUUGAUGAAUGCCGACUUAGUCCCCGCGUCUGUCUCUAUCGUUGUCGCAAUACUUGGGGCAGCUAUGAGUGUCUGUGUCCACCUGGGCAGCUGCAGCUUGCAGACAGGAAGUCUUGUGCUGGUUUGGAAUUUCUUGAGCCUGGUCGAGUUCUUCCAGCAGAUGAUGAGGCUUUCAAAAAAAUGAAAGCUCAGCAGCAAUUCCUUGAAGACUUGGCAAACAGGCAACAUCUUGAAGAACAGCUGGCUCAGCAACAGCAGAUGGCAAGGCAACAGGAGGAGAAAAGGAGUUCCGAAACCUCCGCCCUUAGUCUGGAGUCAAUAACUAAAAAGCCACGAAGGAAAACUGUUGUAGCCAGGAAACCCAAACCCCUUCAGAUUAAUGGAAAGUUGAAAAAGAACCAAGGAUUAUCUGCCCUGGAGUCUGCUGACAAAGAAUCAGAAAAAUAUGGAUUCUAUGUGUUAAAUACUCCUAGAACAAUGGACUUGAUGACAACAUCAAAGUAUGAGAAGUAUUACUUUCCAACACCCAAGUCUUGGCGAAGAAGAAAGAACAGAAAUUUAUUGUCCAUUCCUGAUAGUUGCCCAGAAGGUUUCCAGAAAGAUUCUAAUGACCAAUCCAGUUGUAUAGAUCGGGAUGAAUGUGCUGAGGUGGUAUCAGUCUGUCAGCAUAACUGUACCAACACAAGAGGAAGCUAUACAUGCUCAUGUCCACCUGGAUAUAGGUUGGAGAAAGAUGGUUACUCUUGUAAAGAUAUCAAUGAAUGUGUUGAACAAAAUGUGAACUGUGGUCCAGAGAAAAUGUGCUUCAACCAGAGAGGUUCUUAUACUUGUAUAGACAUCCCAUGUCCUCCUGAUUAUGCAAGAGAUCCUACUACAAACUACUGUGUGUUGGAAUGUGUUGACCCUAAUAUCCCUUGUCCACCUGGAGCCAAAUAUGCAGACAUAAUAGAGUUCAAGACCAUUGCCUUACCUGCAGGCAGCAAAGACAGGCAGGACUUGAUUCGCUUGACUGCAUACAAUCAACAUGAUCAAUACUUACCUUAUACUGUCUUUACUGUACUGUUAAAUGAUCCCCAAAUGGAGUUUCUGAUCAGAACAGAUGAAGGCCGGGGCAUUGUGUACACCAUGGAGCCUCUCAAGGACAGUUCUACUUACAUGAUUACAGUUCGAGCACGCUCAUAUGACAGCAGCAAUCGCCAUAUACAGUAUCAGACCACAUUCAUCAUUCACAUCUCAGUCUCAGCAUACCCCUACUAAUAGGUUGUAGAUUGUUAACCAUAUACAGUAUUAGACCACAUUCAUCAUUCACAUCUGAGUCUCAGCUAACCAUGAUUGAUAUGCUGUAGAUGAUAGUAUCAUGUUACAUCACUGUGGCCCAUUAGCUGUCUCUAUAUAUAGUUCAACGAUAUUUGCACUCAAGCCAGUAUUCAAGUUCUAUUGAAAACAUUUAUUGCUAGUGUGAAUGUUUCGAUAAUGACAUCUUGAAUAGAUCCACAUAUAGGCAGAACAUAAUUGUAUCUUUGACUUUCAAAUCGUCUUCUCCUUAUCAUUUAACACCUUUUGAACAUUUGUUUAAAGGUGUACAAUUACAUUUUUAGACAAUGAACAAAAUGGUCCCACUUGUAAGUACAAAAAUGUGUUGAUUUUUUUUUUUCUAUUGUCAUCUUCAUUUUUAUUAAUGAUACACCUAGUUGUUUUUUUUUAAUGAAGUCAAGCUCAAAUCUUAACCAGAGACUUAAUAUAUCAGUAACUAUCAAUUCUACACAACAUUAUUGGUAGCCUCUUCUUUUGUUUUUAUUUAUGUUAGUAGGAAUAACCAUUUUAUUGAGUUGAAUUCUUAUGGACACAAUGUUUGCUUGGUUCAUUGCUGAAUGUAAAAGGAUGAUUGCUCUAUAUGACAUAUUCUAUAAUAACUGGUCAUGUGUAUUUGUUGUUGUAUGUGUAUAUGUGCUUCAGACUUAUUCACCUAGUACUUUUAACAUGUGCCUUACAUUUGAUGGACAUCAAACCAUGUCGUUGUCUUUACCUUCUUUGAAGUUGAUUUUGUAUCACAGACAUUUUGGGGGGUUCAUCUUUGUAAAAACAUAUUCUUUGUAUAGUCUCUAAAUGGUUGUUACUUAACAUUGUUGGGUUGUUGUUUUUUAAUAUAUAUUGUUGAAGGAAUAUCAGUUAAUUAUCAAUAAAAAAAAUAAUUUUGUGUACAUCUGAUCAAAGCUUGUAUUUAAUGGUACUUUAUACACCUACAAAGAAUACUUUGUAUCCUGCAAUAAAUACAUAACAUUGUUGUCUGGAUUUAUUGGCAGUACUUCAAUGUUAUGCCUAGUAGUUUGAAUUCCUUGGAAAAACUUUUGAACUAUUUCUUUAUUUCAUGGGUUCAUAUUUUUUUAAAAUAAAAAUAUAAUAAAACUA